AGAAUGGAGUGUCCGUUUAUCUCCCUUUUGCAUACGUGGCAGCCUUCAAGAACUAUCUGUUUCUGGCACCAACCUUAGCUCAACUGGGGAACGCUUGUUUCCUUCAAAGUUUGAAACUUUGUGAAAAAAUUGAGCUCUUUUGACAAAGAUUUGCAGAACCCAGAAAGCCAAAAAUGAAAUUGUAGACACAGUUUUGUCUAACAUGCAAGGGUUGGGUUCUCAUGCACCUUUGGUUUCAAGGGGAAAGGCUCCUCCUUUGUUGCCACUGGUGCAUGCAUUACCAUCUUCUACUUAUUUAUCCACAACCGCUAUCUUAUCCCCAUUAAGAUGGAGACAUAAAUCAAGGUUGAGCUUAGCCCAUGGCACUAUUCGAGCUCAAGCAUCCAAUGUUAGUGGUGUUGGAUCUGGAGAUUAUGGAAGAUGGAGACAUAAAUCAAGGUUGAGCUUAGCCCAUGGCACUAUUCGAGCUCAAGCAUCCAAUGUUAGUGGUGUUGGAUCUGGAGAUUAUGGAAGCAAUGGUGAGAAAGACAGUCAGAACGUCUUUGAAGGAAAUGCUAUUAAUGACAGUUCUUCUAAAGUUGUGAAACCUCCUAAUCAGAUCCCUUAUCCUCUCUCUAUAGCUUUUGUGCUGUUGGGAUGUUCUCUUGUGUUUUCACUAAUAGCCUUUGUGAAAGGGGGACCUUCAUCAGUCCUAGCAGCAAUUGCAAAAUCAGGAUUCACUGCUGCAUUUACAUUGAUAUUUGUUUCAGAGAUUGGGGACAAGACAUUCUUUAUUGCCACACUCUUGGCAAUGCAAUAUGAGAAAGGAUUGGUCCUAUUGGGAGCAAUGGGUGCUCUUGCACUAAUGUCAAUCCUAUCUGUUGUAAUCGGCCGAAUCUUUCAAUCGGUGCCUGCUCAGUUCCAGACCACCAUACCAAUUGGAGCAUACGCAGCGGUAGCUCUUCUUUUGUUUUUUGGCCUAAAAUCAAUAAAAGACGCAUGGGAUCUUCCAUCAGAUGUGGUUAAGAAGGGUGAUAACAGCAUUCCUGAACUUGAUGAACUUGCUGAAGCAGAGGAGCUUGUGAAAGAAAAGGCAUCGGAUGGGCUUUCAAAUCCACUUGAGAUUAUCUGGAAAUCAUUCAGCCUUGUAUUUUUUGCUGAAUGGGGAGAUCGCUCAAUGCUUGCAACAAUUGCACUUGCAGCUGCUCAGUCUCCUUGGGGUGUGGCAAGUGGAGCCAUUGCUGGACACCUACUUGCAACUUCUAUUGCUAUUCUUGGAGGAGCAUUCCUUGCCAACUACAUUUCUGAAAAACUGGUUGGCUACUUGGGUGGAGGGCUGUUUCUAAUUUUUGCUGUAGCCACUCUUUUUGGUGUUUUCUGAUUCAUUGCCACUUGCCUUACUUCUUUUUUAUGUGCAAUAUAUUGAAACAUCUUCAUUUUCUUUAUUCAAAUAAAUAAAUUUUUAAGGCAAAUGGAAAAUGAAUUUAUUUCUAUUCAUGAACUCAAUAAUAAGAUAAAGACAAAAUUUGUAUUUUCCUCU